AUGGUCGCCUUCGACAAGUGUGAAACCCGACCGGCCCACAUCGAUGCCAUUCUCAAUGGCCUCGAUCGGUACAACCCCGAGACCACCACGGUCUUUCAGGACUACGUGGUGCAGCAGUGCGAGGACCGAACAUUCGACUGCUAUGCCAACUUGGCUUUGCUGAAGCUUUACCAGUUUAACCCUCACCUCACCCAGCCCGACACCGUCACCAACGUUCUCGUCAAGGCUCUGACCGUGUUCCCCUCUCCCGCCUUCUCGCUCUGCCUCUCCUUGCUCCCUGCCCACACUCAGCCUUUCCCCACCACCCAAGAGGCCCAGGCUGCCUCCCAGACCUCCGAUUUCGUCGAGUCCGUGCAGAAGCUCUCCCGCCUGUCAACUCUCCUCGAGUCCGCUCAGUACACCCAGUUCUGGUCCACCCUUAACUCCGAUGACCUCUACGCCGAUCUGACCGCCGAUGUCGCCGGCUUCGAGGAGCUUGUCCGCAUCCGCAUCGCCGUCGAGGUCGGUAAGGCUUUCCGCUCCGUCAACACCGAGCUCCUGGAGCAGUGGCUCGAUCUCCGCAACCGUGAGACACUUGAGAAGUUCGUCACCGACGUCUGCGGCUGGAAGGUCGAGGGCACCGCUGUCUCCGUUCCUACUAACAAGGAGAACGAGGCCCGCAGCGAGGUCAAGAGCGAGCGUGUCGGCGUCGACAUGUUCGGUCGUGUGAUUCGCCGUGGCUUCGAGCAACCCGCAUAA